AUGGAGGCGACAUGCUACUACCACUUUCCCAUCUGUCCGCCACCCGUCGAAGUGAGUAAGAAGGCAGUGGAUUCUGAGGUGGCCGCCAGGCGGCGUCUCUGCCGUGACGAAUGCCACCUCAUUACCAAGGGCGAAUGCAGUGAGAUCUACGACCGUCUUCUCCAAGACUCUCAGUCCCAAGGUAAUACUGCCCUCUUUCAGGACCAGCCUCUACUCCGAGGCUUCUCAUGGACUGCAAUAACCUACCGCAAUUCGAUCCCGAACAUCCAGACACUUGCCUUAGAACGGGCUCUCGACCACCUGUUCCUGAUCUCACAGGUACCUUCAAUCAGUCGCCUCGACUCUUCCUCUCUCUGCGAUUUGAUGACGCCACUGCUUCAUCAUUUUGCAGACUUGAUCAGUAAUCCCAAACCUGGGGUGGUACCCAAGCACAUGGACAACUCAAAGCUGCAGAAGGGUCCAGCCCAGACCACGCAGUCACCGGAUCUUCUUCCCCUUUUUAUUUCAUUUGGAGUGCUCAUCCUCCUUGCGCUCAUAAUGAUUCUCAUCUGCUUCGUCUGCCGUCGCUCACACAGCGGCUACUCGAAUGGCGUCUUCACUGGAGGAUCACAGGCUAUGGGCUCCUUCUGCGGCAAGGCGGCUACGGUUGGAAAGAAGCAACAGGGUCGCCACCUCCACGCUCAAAAUGCAGUCGAGAUGAAGCAGCCCAUCCCCGAGAUCAGUGCGUGUCCGGAGACGGCUCCAUUCGUGGUCAACACCUUUCCCACGGCCACGUCACCCAACCUCGAGAGAAGAGUGGCGCCGGACCAGCAGCAACAACGACAGUACCAUCAAUACCAGACACCCAAAAGUGUCAUACUCGCUCCCCCGCCCACCUCUCCUGCACCCCCACCACCGCCACCACCACCACCACUGACCUACUCUCCCAUCGAUCCGGCCAAUUAUCGGGCAUUCACGCAGGUGUUUGCUUCCCAAACAGAUUGCGAAAUGGAUGGGGGUGAGAGACAGUUUCUCGUAGUUAACAACACUCUCUUCAACCGACAGGCAGAUAUUUCUCAUCAACUCGAUCGUAGCUCUGGGUCGCCUGAGAACGUCGAUCGCUCUUUGAAGACUGUCAACUAUCCGCUUGUUCAAAUCAAAUUCGGUGAUAGGAUUGGACAAGGCGUAUUUGGACCCGUGUACGCGGGAGAGUUGCAAGCGUCUAGCGAUUAUGAGAAUAGCAAGCCAACGCCGUUGGUGAUUAAAACGUUAUCUCCAGGAGCACCAGCUGCUAUGCAAACUGAUUUCCGACGUGAGGUAAACAUAAUGGCAGAGUUGAAUCACCCGAACCUCUUGGGCAUAUUUGGUGUCAGUUUGCAACAGCCUCCAUGGUGUAUGCUCUUUGAGACACCACUCUAUGGCGAUCUUCACGAGGUUCUUUUGGCUGCUCGACCCUCUUCCGACGAUGGCGGCUGGUCGUCUACUGCGAGCGCUUCUAAUACGUGGCCGCGGAAUCAGCAGCUCAAUGAAGGUGACCGCUUCCAUGUUGCUUUCCAGGUGGCCUCUGGAAUGGAAUACCUCUCUAGGAACCACUUCAUUCAUCGCGACCUUGCCGCGCGAAACGUCACUGUAGGGGAGCACUUGCUGUGCAAAAUCACUGACCUCGGAUUGGCACGUGAUUCAUACGCUAUGGAUUACUACCGUGUUCCUGCUGCAAAUAACCUUCUUUUGCCCGUCCGCUGGAUGCCAAUCGAUGCGAUACUCCACAGCCGCUUUAGUGUGGAGUCUGACGUAUGGGCAUUUGGCGUGUUGCUAUGGGAAAUUUGGACGGAUGGAGUGCGACCCUACCAUCUCUAUUCGGACGCAGAGGUUAUAGAUUUGGUUCAAUCACGCUACCUCCUUCCCUGUCCACACAACUGCCUCCCUCAGGUCUACGCGCUGAUGGUAGAUUGCUGGAAUGAGGUGGGUUUGAAACGUCCCUCGUUCGAGGAAGUGCUAUCGCGACUGUCGCUAUGUGACCACGAAGCGCUGGGGAGAGAUCCUACGAGCGGAACGGAUAAGGGAACCGUGCUCACGAACACCUUCCCAAUGUCAAGAGCGAUAGACCUCACAGGCACUAAUACCUGCAGUCACUCGGGCGACUCCGGAAAGACAAAUUCCACAGACGUGUCUACAGAACGACCAGCCUCGCAGCGUGUCUCCUCGGUCCCCAUGCCGAUUAUGGUCGGUGUGGAUGGGAGCAGCGGCGGUGGUGGUGCUCUAGAACUACUGUCCAGUGACGUAAAUCGCCGCUCGACGAAUUAUCCCCUUGGACCACGUCCGGUGACUACGGGCGCUAACAGUACGAAUGGAAAGCCCUUCCUCUUUACCACCUCUUCAUCCUCUACCUCUGUCACUGCCACCGGUACUGGCGGCAACUCGCUCCUCUACUCGUCUGAUGCGGCUCGGAUGGUAACACCGAAUCCUAAAACGGGGGGCUUCUGCGACCUCGGUCCUGAGGAGCCACCAGAGAAGGAGUUCGAGAAAGCAAAGGCGCUCUUCCAGUCGAUCAAACACGGUGGAUCGAAGAAGCACGAGGGUCUCGAGACGAACAGUCGGACUGGCACGCUGUAUGAGCACAUGGUGGGCAUCACCAAAUACAUACUCGAGCACCAGCCUGCUCAGGCGUUGGACCAGUUCGAGGAGCUCAGCCGCCUAGUGAAGCGCGAGAUGGGUCUGGAGGGCGAGUUUAUGGAUGCCGGGUUCACCGAGGCCCGCGAGGACGCCGUUGCGCCUACUGAGGAGCCCAUACCACCUGCAGUGGUUUUUGCUGAAAAUGAAAGAGCCAUCUAUUGCCAUCCAGAUCAUGUGUGGAAUAAAUCACCUUUGGUGGAACCACCUCUGCCUGCAUCCUAUGCUGGCAAUUUUGAGGUGGACGAGGAAGAGAUGGCAGCUAUUCCGAAUCUCUGCCAACAGCUCUCUUUAAUCGAACAGUCUGGAAUCGACUACUACAUUGUUGAGGCCGAAUUCGAGGGGGAUUCGGAUCCGAGCGAAAAGAUUCCCGGACCCUGGGAUAAAUGGCGUCCACCUAGGCCACCAAAGGUGGUUCAAGAACAAGAUACGGAGGAAUUUAAAGCAAUGCUAUUGAGGGAGGAGACUGUGGCGAACCUACCCGUGGAAAAACGAGUGCUGAUUAAUUUGCCGAGGAACAAGUAUAAACCGCCCACUCGGUACCCGCAAGAGCCGAGAGGCAGGGGCCUAAACCGAUGGGACUACUUCGUCUCCAGCAGUCUCGGCGAGAAAACAUGGGUCCGACUGCCCAUGGUGAAGCCGGAGCACAUUGUAGCGGCUCGCCAGUCGGUGUACUUCUUCACUGGUGACCUCAACGCCCCGGUUGGCGAUCUGCCCUGCGGAGUGGGGUCCUUCCCUGGACUUGAAGUGCACUACCUCCGCGCCCAGAUCGCUCGCAUAUCCUCCGGCACCCAGGUCUCACCGGCUGGCGUCUUCGAGCUCGACGAGGAGGAUGAGCCUGAGGAAGGCGAGAAACCUGAGAAUUUGAUGAUGGCUGAGGAGUACGAGCCGAUGGAGUUUGAGGAUCUGCUGGAUCCCUCCAACUGGGUUCAUCACAGGCCCUUCAUUUACUCAAUCGGUCGAAUCAACUGGUUGUCACGCAAGAAAGCAGCAGCAGCAAUGAAGGCGAUUGAGGCUGAAGAAGAGGACGAGGAGGAAGGAGCGACUCUGCGGGAUGACAACGAAGACGAGGAAGGGAUGGAGGAGGAGGAGGGUGAGGAAGAGGAGGAGGAAGAAGAGGAAGAAGGACCUGAUCUUCUCACACCGGUAGACGAGGAUGACCCUAUGAGACCUCUCGGGAGAGUCGGCGAGUCGUUAUUUGGUAACGUUAAUUCCAUUCCUGCAUCCGCUUGGAACAUCCGCCCCUCCACUGUCCUCCUCCCCGUCAACUGCGCCAUUGCUGUUGUUAGCAGCUCUCGGUGGCCAGGCGCUUACGCACUCUCUCGUAGCACCACUUUCGUUAAUGUCUACCUUGGUUGGGGGAACAAGUUCUUGAGCGCAAGCUAUCAGCCACCGAGGUUGCAGUCGCUGUUCAAGGAGUUUGAUGACGAGGCGAUGGGUUUGAAGGAGACGGUGGACCCAAUGGUCCAGCAGGAGGAGGAGGUGCGUUUGCGGAAGGAAGCGAGGCGUCUGGCUAUGGCCGCUGCUGCGGAGGAAGAGGAAGAGGAAGAGGGAGAAGGAGACGAGGACGAAGGAGCUGAGGACUAG